CUUUGAAACUGAGCGUGACACGAGAGCCAAUUUCAAAUCAUUCCAUACUCCUUGAAUCCAAUUGACUUUUUUUUUUACUACUGAGACUUCCCAAAUCCGGCAGGAGUUUACUUUCUUCGAGCCUUCUUUCCGUAGUUUCCGUAGCAGCUCUACUUGCUGCCCCGCUACUGUAUCUCAAGUAUUUAAGUUCCAUUGUCCGACCUUCUUCUUCAACCAAAUCCUCUCUACCGCAAUCUCAAUCUCCCUCCUUCAACCAGCAAUCAUGGCUGAAAAAAUGCGUGCAGUCGACAUUAAAAACGGCACCGGCCCAGCCGAUUCCCUUUACAUAAACACAAUCCCCAAACCCACCCCCUCCUCUGGCGAAGCAAUUGUCAAAAUCAAAGCUUUCGGACUAAACCGCAUGGACCUCCUCCAACGCGAAGGCCACUACCCCGUCCCUCCGCAAGCAGGACCCAUCCUGGGCGUUGAGUUCAGCGGCCACAUUGAAACCCUAGGAGAAGGUUGUAAAGACGGCUUCAAAGCUGGUGAUGAAGUAUUUGGCUUAGCAUACGGCGGAGCGUACGCUGAGUACAUUGCUGCUAAUACACAUAUGUUGUUACAUAAACCUUCUCACUUAUCUUGGAAAGAAGCCGCGGGAGUGCCAGAAACAUGGAUAACAGCCACCCAAGCCAUGUACCUGGUCGGCGAAUUUGCCAAGGGAAAAUCGAUCCUCUGGCACGCCGGCGCAUCUUCCGUCUCCAUCGCCGGGAUCCAGCUCUCUAAAGUCGGGGGAGCGAGCGCGAUAUACGUUACGGCCGGCUCACAAGACAAGAUCGAUUUCUGCGUCCAGGAACUCGGUGCUACAGCUGGCUUUAACUACAAAACGCAAGAUUGGUCAAAGGAGAUUUUGAAGGCCACAGGAGGCAACGGAGUUGAUGUCGUGAUUGAUUUCGUGGGCGCGAGUUAUUUCCAAGGGAAUCUGGAUGUGGCAGCCGUGGAUGGGAGGAUUGUGAAUUUGGGGGCCUUGAGCGGGACGAAGGUGUCGAAUGUGGAUAUUGGGAGUUUCGUGAGGAAGAGGUUGAGGAUUGAGGGAAGUAGUUUGAGGAGUCGGGAUGCCGAGUAUCAGGGUCGGUUGAGGGAUAAGCUUGAGGAAUACUUGCCUCAGUUUGAGGAUGGGACGUUUAAGAUUUUUGUGGAUAAGGUGUUGCCGUGGGAGGAGGUGGUGGAGGCUCAUAAGUUGAUGGAGAAGAAUACUACUAAGGGGAAGAUUAUUUGUACUAUUUAUUGAGGUGGGAAGAUGAGGUGGUUUGAUCUGGAAUGAAAAUAGCUUUCAUAGUACAUUUGUGUGGACUCUUGGUAGACUAAAGCACAUACAUGAUACAAUGCUUGGU